CGUACGAGUACCUGCAAGGCUAAACUAACAGUACUCAGUGCUGUACGUGAAAGACGGAUUCUUUUGCGCCGUGUGUAACGCAACUGCUACUGAGACUUGGGAAUCUUCUGUACAGAGCGUAUGUGCCAACUGCCAGGACUACUUUUAUGCAAAAUCCCCAAGUUACAAUACACUGGCAGAUUGUGCUACGGCCUUGCAACGCCGAGGUAACUCGUGCAUACAUUUCCACCUUUCGACAGCGUGGCUCUCAAGCAGAACAUACUGAUGAAGGACAUUAACUUCAGUUGACUGUGGAUAGCCAAACGAGAAGAAGUACAUACCGUUCUUUUUUAGAACCAAUGGAUUUAUGCCACUGGGAAAAGACGAGAUUUAUUUAUGCGCGCUGCGCAACCGGGCUUAUUCGCUCCAGGUACGGACGCUUCCGGUUAUCGAGCACUGACCACUUUCUGCAAACAUGAAAUUGUCUGAAUUUGGCCUGGAAAACGUGCCCUGCGACAGGCCUGCCAACAGGGAGAGCGCACCGGGGCUGCCUGACCCCGGCCCUCAGCGGAAACUUCUGGACGGUCGAAGCGUGAAAGCGAGGGGGCGCAGUUUUGACGCAGUACCGCAUGUGGGCGCAGCCCUUCACAAAGGUAAACCUUGUGGCGGGCCUGCAUGGAGAUCUAAACAUUCCACUUCCGCCACGAUGAUUUCUACACUUGUGACUAGCAGCCAUAAUAUUGCAGUCAGUGGUGGCGCUGUCGAGCUGGAACGCGACGUUGGAGUUCUGUGCUACAGACAGCGUCUUCUUGCUUGCUGUUCCUCGCCACACGAGAACGUUAACGGGAGUCAUAUUACCAACAAUCCAGCCCCAUCAUGUUCCACAAAUGAUCUACGUACAAACAUUGGGAAGGAACUCUGUCCACGAAAGUGUUAAAUAGUCGAUGUAUGCCUCAGCAAGUCACACACGAAUGUGCGGACAGCAGGAAGGACAGGAUGAGAACCGGGAAGGACUGAGCGUUGUAGUGGCUCACAGUACACACCGGGGUAGUCGCAUUACAUUACUACAUGUAACCGCCGCGGGAGAUUAGCGGGCGGUCGAACGCUGUACAGGGCGGCCGAUGGAUGUUGUCGCAUGAAGUGGCCUUGCGUCAGGGGAAUGGCAAGGAAGAGCAGGUAAUUUCGAUUGGCUAGCCGUUUAUGGAGUGGCUACUCGCUCAUCCAGUGCCCGUUGAGCGGGCGUUGACUGAUAAGCUUCAGAUUAAGUACCAGUCGUGAAUAAAUUUGAACACAAAUUUCAACCUGUCGUACUCGUCCAGUCUUGCAAGCCCGUCCGGAAGCAAGAGAUAAAGUGCAUACAGGGAACAUAGGCAGUUACACAAGCACGCCGCGGCUACACGUGCAUGACGGGCUUGUUCAUAUGCCAGGAGCACAGCAAAGCGCCGCACGGAGCAAGCGUGACUUCGCUCAAUGUCAUAAUGCUUUGCCGCACAACGGAAUCGCUGCCGCCUGCUGAUGGCUAUUACUUACUGUAAUUUUAUCACAAAGAUUACUGCUCCCGCACUGGGCGGCAUUCUCAGCGUGCCUGUGCUGCUACUGCGUAGUGCGUACCGCCGCUGGACGCACAGUGGACAGAGUACAGCUCAAGUUUUGAAGAGGUCAGACAGACUAUUGAGCUGCGUUCACGGAGACUGACGUAGUGUACUCGUAUGAGGCGUAUCCGAUUAUUUUCAUUUUUUUCUGCAUGUGCCGUCUGCUGAAUGCUGAUGUGACACGCUCUCAAAAUUUUGGACUUUUAGUGUAGUACUGUAUUAUAAAAAUAUUUCUGUCAUCACUGAGUUUCUGCUUUGGAGAAUACGUUUGCAUCAUAAAUUUCCACACUUUCUUUUUCUCUCCAUAAGUUCAAAAUGGCUGGCUAUGCCGAGGUUAAUUUUGCGGUUUAUUUGACCAUCGAGGAGUCUGACAGUCUAGCUAAUACUCAACUUCAGGAGUCGGUGCGAACGGCGAUCAUGGGUUGGAUUCAGGAAAAGGAGGAAAACCGCGAUGAGCGGGUCAUUACGGCUCCCGAGGCAGGAAAUCCGUACGUGAUCGCCUUCCGUCUGCAGAACCUGCCUCGUUGGGUACACGUCAAGAUCCCCAGAUUAUGGGACGGCGAGGAUGAGCGUUUCUGCGCCGGUGUUGUGAUCUAUGGUCGAUUGCGGGACGCCUUGGGUGGGGGCAGUGUCUUUCACUGCACGGUGGAGCGUGUGACCGGGCACAAUGUGGGCGAACUGGGACCUGGCUGUGACCGAGAGCAACUCGAGUGUGCAGCUUAUUUCACGGCCGCGGAAGCGGAAACCCUGCGCAACGACGAGGCGGGUCGGCAGGCUAUUCUGGCGGGGGUGCAGGAUGUGGGUGGCCGGAGCGAGAUCCAUGCAUAUGUGCUGAUGAAGCAAUUCCAUCUGGAAACGGUGCCUUUUUGGCUGCACGUGCUUGCCUCGCAGGGGGCGGGAAGCACGGGCCAGCUGGAGGUGCUGAUGGAGCGCAUCGGGGGCGCCAUGUACGUAUGCGGAAGAGUGACGAGACUGGGCCAUCUGCUACCGUUUUGGUCACUGGCUAACUGACUCUUGUGCACUUCUGCCGUCCUGCCCGACGCUGGCCGACUGCUGGAUCGAGUAGCUAUUCAGCGCGCCCCUGGGGGCGGCGGGGCGGGCGGGCUUCCGGGGGGCCGCGGCGGAGGCGGAGCGGGGAUGGGCGGAGGUUUGGGCCGAGGCCGCGGAGUUGUGCCGGCCAUUUUUCUUGAGCCGUGAAUGCGUCUGCGGCGCCCGCUGCGGAAGUAGUGCGGACUGAGGAGGCGCCGGUGUUUCCUGUUAAUCGUUCUCUAAUUUGGCUCAUUCUUAUCUGCUGUUGAUGUGAACUGGAUGGCUAUAUUUUGCUGAUCGAGUGUUAAACUGUUAAUGAAAAAACAGCGAAAAUA